AUGUCUACUGAAACCCGUUUUGAUCAUGUGCGACAAUAUUUGGUGCAAAAUGCGGAUGAAACUAAGAAUAGACUACAGAACACAAAUUGCUUACAAAAUAGCAAUACAAUUGGACUUGGCUAUAAUCCAUUAUUAGGGAGUCCUGUUUGUUAUAGUGGUCAUUGUCAAUAUGAUGGUUUUAAGCGUUCAAUAUUUAACUUAACAUUUGCACAACCGACAUCGGGUUCACGUAUACCAAAAUUAAUUUCGAAUAAUGUUGAGUUAUAUUGCUUUUCGAGUUCUGGCCUAUCAACAACUACUGAAACAAUUAAUACAUUAGAACAGCUAUCUAAAUCAACAUCAAGUAGUAUCUCAUUCGGAGCAGAUGUCCAAUAUAAAAUGUUUUCAGCGGGAUAUAAUUAG